AGCCUCUCUUAUUCGGCCCUCCCUUUCCAAUCAGCUCAGGCAGAGCUCGCAAAUAGUCAUUUCCGGGAAACCGGCGGUUGCUUUGUGGGGUGCAACAUGGAGACGACUACUGGAACUGCUGAGCCGGUUUCCGGGGAACUGGUGUCUGUGGCACAUGCUCUUUCUCUCCCAGCCGAGUCUUAUGGCAAUGAUCCUGAUAUUGAGAUGGCUUGGGCCAUGAAAGCAAUGCAGCAUGCUGAAGUCUACUACAAGCUGAUUUCAUCAGUUGACCCACAGUUCCUGAAACUCACCAAAGUGGAUGACCAAAUCUAUUCAGAGUUUCGGGAAAAUUUUGAGAAACUCAAGAUAGAUGUAUUGGAUCCAGAAGAGCUCAAAUCAGAAUCAGCUAAAGAGAAGUGGAGGCCAUUCUGCUUGAAGUUUGACGGGAUUGUAGAAGACUUCAACUAUGGUACUUUGCUGCGACUGGAUUGUUCCCAGGGCUACACCGAGGAAAACACCAUCUUUGCCCCCAGGAUACAAUUUUUUGCCAUUGAAAUUGCUCGGAACCGGGAAGGCUAUAACAAAGCAGUUUACACCAGUGUUCAUGACGAAGAAGAGAAAGAAGGCAACCAUGGAAGAGAGGAAGGAACUGACAGUGGACGGGCAGAAGAGAAAGGAGCCAACAGAGAAAGAGAAAAAGCAAAAACCAAUAAAGGAGAAGAAAAAGAACAAGGAGCCAACAAAGAAAUCAGCAGGAGUGGUGAAACAGCUAUGUAAGGUAGACAAGGAAUAGCACUCUGGAAGCUGUGACUCAGCUAAGUCUACAGAUACUAUGAUGCUACUUGCACAGACCCUAGUGGUUAAAUGUAUGUCCUUGUGCAAUUGAAAGACAUACAGAAGGACAUUCUUUCUAGCUAAUAAUCAAGAGCUACUCCAGUUGUUCUCUUGUAUGAGCCAGCUUAAAGACUAUUAGUGGGGUCUUAGUUGAGCAUUUCUUGGUAUAGUGUUUCUUGGUUCUCACCACUGGUCAAGUAAGAAAUUUUAUGAAUAAAUUUCUUUUGGUUCUUAGGACUAUAUCUGUAAUUGACUUUUAAAAGAUAUUUCAAAUUAUUUGACACUUCAGGUUUUUUUCAGGUAUAUAAUCUCUUUGUCAUGUCUUAAUAUAAAGUGAUUUAUGCCUGUUUUUAAAUGCUUAUUAUUGUUUCCUGCAGUGAAGUUUCCUCAGGCCUGUUAAGCUGUGUAUAUGGUUUGGGGAUUAGAAGUUCCUAUGUAACAGUUAAUUCCUGCUAUUUGAGUAAGUAUAGCUUUCUGAUUUUCUUUGAUAUAUGUGGCAAAAUAUUUGAUGAAUACUCUAUGGAGAUAAGAGCUGGGGCCUGAACCUGUCAGACCAGUGAAUGCAGCCCAGUUCACAUUAGAAGAGCAGGACACUGGACCUGCUUCAGGACCUGCUUCUCUUCUGGUACCGAAGUUGUUACCUAAAAGCUAGCAGAAAUUAAUACGUAUAAAGCCUGGUAGAGUGACUUCCCUUUUAUAAUGCUAUGGACAAUAGCAUACAUUUACAUAGUAAUGUAAAAUGAACAUUUUUAAAUGAUACUUCGCCAGACUCCAAAAAUGGACCAGUGAUUUUGUAUAGAUGGAGGGGUUUCUUCUCAUCUGAUGACUUUUAGGAGUGCAUGUUUCAGUUAUCUUUACAUAUAUAUAAAGGUUUGUGCAUGUCCCCAUAAACCCUCUGACCUUGAUUGCUAAAACUAGUUAGAGGAAGCCACAGUGUUUAUAGUGCAUACAGCAAAUACUCUGAAAACUCAAACCACAGCAUGGUCAUUCAAGAAAAGAUUUAUCAGAGCGGAGAAGGGGGAGAAAUGAGGUUUUUUUUCCCCUGGUGGACACAGAAUAAAAAUAAAAGUUAAACUUAACUGAUGAAUUAUUUUCUAGGCAAGAGCUGAACUAGAGAUACAUACAACUAGCAGCAACAACUGUGCACAAAGCUAGGUUUCUCUAUGGAUUCUUUUUAGCUAAUUCUUAAAAAUAUUUAAAACAUUUGUUAGACUUUUCAUUUUACAAAAAAUAUGCUUUGAAAUGGGUAGGGGAGUGUUAAAUACUUCAUACUAGACAGAUUUUUAAAAAUCAAACUUCCUUUACUGUAUUGACUUUGUCUAGUUCAUACAUUCUUAAAUAUCCAUGAACAUGUGUCCAUACACAUUGCCUGAGGGACUGGGGAAGAAUAAAGAUUACUGGCUGCAUACGAUUCUGCCUGUGGUGGCCUUUUCCAGGUUACUCACGAGCAAGAAAACUGGCUUAAUUACUUCUCUCUGAUUUUGUGGAGAAUAAGAAAUAAACCAUUAAAAGACUACUUCAAAGCCAGAGGCAUCUCUGUCCAAGAACUAGGAAAUACAAACUGGGCAAAGGGAGGAGAAUAAGAACAUGGAACACUUCAGCAACAUUGUAAGGCCAGGAAACCAAGACAGUAUCCAAGGUCAAAGGGGAGAGUGGGCAGAUAUCUUAAGAUGGCCUCACGAUUUCCACCCCUAGCACACAUGCUCUGUAUAAUUCCCUCCUGUUGGUGUGGCAAAGCCUUGUGAAUACGAGGGGAUUUCAUUCCUUCAUUUUAAGUUACUAACCAUUUAAUUUUGAGUUAAUCAAAAGGGACAUUAUCUUGGGUGGGUCUGGCCUAAUCAGGUGAGUCCUUAAGUGAGACAAGCAGCUGCAAAUGUUCACCUGUUGGCCUUAAAGAAGCAAAAAUCUGUGUUGUGAGACAAGCGGGCCAUGUGGCAAGGACCUGAGGGUAGCCUCUGGGAGCUAAGAAUGCUCUCGGGCUGACAGCCAGCAAAAAAAUGGGGAUUUCACUCUAUAGUUGGAAGGAACUAAAUUCUACCAACAACCAGUGAACUUGGAAGAGGACUUAAAGUCUCAGACGAGCUUGCAGUCCUGGCUGAUACCAUGAUUUUGGUCCUGUGAGACCCUGAGUAGAGGACCCAGUUAAGCUGUAUCUGGACUCUUAACCCACAGGACUGUGAGAUAGUUAUGGGUAUUGUGUUAAGCUACUAAUUAUGUGGUAAUUUGUUAUGGAGCAGUAGAAAAUUGCUACAAGACUCUGGUACUGGAAGUGGAGUGCUGCUGUAUCAAGUACUUAAAAUGUGGGAGUGGUUUUGGAAUCAGGCUGUGGGUGAACACUGGAAGGAUUUUGAGGAGCAUGAUAGGGAAAGCAUAAAUUGCCUUAAACAGGCUGUCAGUAGUAAUAUGGACUUGAAGGAUGCUGUAGGUGGGGGCUCAAAAGGAAGUAAGGAACAUGCUGUUGGAAACUAGAGGAAAGGGAAUCCUCCUUAGGAGGUGGUAGAAUUGUGGUUAGAGGCCCAGAAGUUUGGGAUUUGAGCCUUUGCUCUGAAUUAUUUGGGAGAUGUUAUCAAGCCAGGCUUGACAUAGUGUGUAAACAUCUAUGAUUUAUUCAGAAUAUGGUGCCAUUCCAGUCAUUUAUCUCCAUGACAACUUCUGGAGGCAGGGAAAGGGCACAGACUAAUUUUCGCAUUUACAGAAGGGAAAAUUGCAGUCAUUUUAAAGUUUUAGGCCACUGAAUUUGUGGUAAUUUGUUACAACAGCAAUAGGAAACUAAUAAAAAAGGCAUACUGAGCCCUGCUUCAAAAGUAGAGACAUUCACUGCACUGUCAUUAUUUUGAAACUAUAGUUGAAACAAAGAUGUUGGACCAGAUGAUUGAGACAUGAACUGCACCCAAAGCAAGCUUCAGUGAUUCUAAACCAUUUUGAACUUACUCUUCUAAGCCAUUCCUGUAGCUGAGUCUGUGUGUGUGAGGUGCCAUUAAUAUAAUUGGGAAUUCUCUGAAUUUGCUUAAUGGUAACGGUAUAGUGCUUAGUAAUGAGUAUGUGCUCAUUUGAAGCUUACAUGUAUAUUAAUAAAACGCAACAGUAACUUCAUCAAUUGUUUGGACCUUAGACAAAAUAUUUUUCUGAAGAAGUGUAUUUUAUCAUUGAUGUUGUUUAAAAUUUCCAGAGCAUGGUGAUAAUUCAAACAGACCAGAUUUUUGUUGGUUUUAUUGCUGUUUUUAAAUUUUCUACAGAUAAUACAACUCUUUUUUGCUUGCACACAAUGUGAAUGAUCCUCACUAUCCCACCUUGGUACACCACAAUUACUUUCAUGCAUAUUUUUAUUCAGAUAAUCAAUAUCUUAGGGGCACCUGGGUGGCUCAGUCUGUUAAGUGUCUGCUUUUGGCAGGGUCCUGGGAUCCAGCCCCGCAUCAGGCUCACUGCUCAGUGGGGAGUCUGCUUCUUCCCCUCCUUCCUGCUGUGCUCUCUUGCUAUUUCUGUCGCUCUCAAAUAAAUAAAUAAAUUAUCUUAAAAAAGUAGUCAAUAUCUUAAUAGAUGAUUCACAAUUAAGGCAUGUAUGUAUGUUUUGUGAAUGGCCAUUUUCCCAUGCCUACAUGUUUUUAUCUCUAGAAUUAAUAGAAGCUUUACAGAUGUCAACAUGAUGUUGGUCUCCUGAACUGUACUACUUUUACAUGAUGACCAUUUAUAUGACUGGCUAGCUUUAAAUUUUCCCUACUCAGGCUUUCUCUGAUUUCCUCAAUAUAAACUGCAUUUUCAGGGCACCUGGGUGGCUCAGUCGGUUAAGUGGCUGACUUGAGUUCCAUCAGGUCAUGAUCUCAGGGUCCUGGGAUUGAGCCCCAAGUCGGG